AUGGCUGAAAUCAUUGUUAGCGCCGUCAUCACCGUGCUGUGUGAGAAGUUGAUCUCCGGUGAUUUGAUGAAGUUUGCUCGAUCCGAAGGGAUCGAUUCUAAGUUGAACAAAUGGAAGAAAAACCUGCGCCUAAUCCAAGCUGUACUUGGUGAUGCAAGCCAGAAGCAGAUUAAAGAGAAAAUUGUUCAAUUGUGGGUAAACGUCCUCCAGGAUUUAGCCUACGACAUAGACGAUGUACUUGAUGAUUUGGCCACCGAAGCUCUGCGACGCAAGUUGAAUCAAGAAGCUCAUUCAAGCACCACCACUAGUUAG